GUAGACAGUUAGUCGGAGGCUAGUUGUACGCCGGGAACUUCGCGUUAUCGACUUCUUGAGGAACAGCGGACGUUUCUCGAUUCUGCGUCUGUGAUCACUCAGCGAGAGAAGCGCAACGACGCAACACGACCGCGAAGGAACUAAGCAUAUAAUAUAAAAUAUAUUUAUAUUUAUAUCAAUUAUAUUUAUAUCACGGUCUCGCGCGCGCGUCGAGAGUGAAAGUGCUAUAUGCUAUGUUGUAUGGACCACAGUAUGUAAAUCAUGAUUAUCCCGCGGUGGAUUAUUUAUUCUCGCCCUUGCUACGAGAGCGACAGCGAGAGACAAUGAUCAUCGAUGUGGUUCCCCCGUGUUAUCAACUCAGCCAGACGCGCAUCUCUUCACCCACGAAUGUGUCGAGCAGCACCGAAAAUGGUGAGUCCGGCAAUGGCAUUCGCAGCGAUAGUCCCAACGAAAUGUCGCCAACUCACCACCACCAGCAACACGAGUCGCAGCAGAGGCAGCAGCAACCACCACCGUCGCUACCACCACCGCCACCGCCGCAAACGUCGUCGUCGUCGCAACAGCAGCAACCGCAACAGCAGCAACAACAGCAGCAACAACAACAACAACAACAACAACCAAACGACCAGCAAGUACAGUCGCAACAACCGCUGAUGGACCCCAACAUCAGAAGAUACCGAACCGCCUUCACGAGGGAACAAUUAGCGCGGCUGGAAAAGGAGUUCCAAAAAGAAAGUUACGUCAGUCGACCGCGGAGGUGCGAGCUGUCUACGAUAUUGGGGCUUCCAGAGUCCACCAUCAAGGUCUGGUUUCAAAAUCGCCGGAUGAAGGACAAAAGGCAACGCAUGGCGUUGGCUUGGCCGUAUACGAUGUACACAGACCCGGCGAUCGCGGCGACGUUGCUCGCUGCCGCAUCGCUGCCGCCCGUGUCUUAUCACGGCGCCCCAGGUUUGCCGACGACAGCGCACCUACCGCCGUCGCAGAUGGUGCACCCGGUUGCGGCGGCCGCCGCGGCUGCCUCUUAUUACGCCUCGCGAUAUGCGCCGUACGGAAGUCCAGUGCCCGUCACCACCGCAUCUGCUUUACAUAGGCCUCACCCACGCACGAUCGCGGACUUCCCCGGUCACCCACCGUUGCUGCACCCUCACGCUCACCUCGCACCCGGUCCACUUCACAAUGGCUUGGGUUUGCCGACGAUCGGCAAUCCGCCGGCUUUCCUAGUCAGCAGCCCGCCAUCGUCAGCCGCCACUACCACGUACCGGCACACUACGCUGAGAGAUCUCAGCCCGGUCAACUCGGAUGCGUCCAGCGACUGCGAUUAUGUCGGUGGGCAACAACAACAUCGUACGUCGCAGCCUUGUGGCAUCGGCGCGCUGCCGACGCAGCAGCAGCAGCAGCAACAGCAACCUCAACAACAACAGCAGCAACCUCAACAGCAACCGCAGCUGAUGGACGCGCGGGAUGACGAGGAGAUUCAGUCUAUGAGACUCCCAGUCGCCCACGGUCUAACCGAGUCCUUGUCGAGCACAUUCGAGAAGAGGAGCAACGUGUAUAACAACACGCCGGUCUCUUCGUCAGUCUCGCUCGCAACUACGGCGCAGACGACCAAGCUCGAGCCACCAAAAUUAUUCCAACCUUAUAAGAACGACAUAACCGAACGAGUGUGAAGCCAUAAGCCGUGGAGAAAAUGCAGUCACCAGGUGCCGCUUACGCCUUAACGCUUGUUCACUGGGACUCUCAGGCGGUAUGGACUUGUACUCAGCGCCGUUUUCUGUAUAGUUCUUAAAUAAAAAAAAAAGUUACUGGGCCUUCCUACGACUUCUCAACCUCACGUUCACGAAACUGACGCGAUCUAAUCUUGUAAAAUAAAAUUAUUGAUGUAUUCUGAGCGAUAUCCAACACACCGUGUUAUAAUUUGUGUGACACAGUGUAUUAGGUGCACUCAAACCCCAGAGAUCUCAAAAUCUUAUUGCACCAAAAGUAUAAAGUAAAAUGCAAAAAUAUAGCGUAAAACAUGUAAGAUAAUUUAAAUUCUUUUUGUAGUGAGUAUUAAAACUGAUAUUCUGCGUUAUAGCGUUUGACACUUAUUAUUUGUUGUUAAUCAAGAGACAUGGUAGCACAUCUCGCUUCUGAUAAGCAUAUAAUAUAAUAGUUUUACGAGAGACGAUACCACGUAUCCUUCAUAGGAACGAGAAUGCUUUCUCGGAUGUAAAUCGCUGUAAUUUUUAAAUAAACCGUUUUUAUUAUAAGCGAUGUG